GCCAGUGCGAAAUCCUUCCCAUUUUUUGAUAACGCGGACAAGCGAUUGACAUGCGAACAUCAUGACAGUCCUUUCGACCAUCAAUUGAAUUCCUGAUCAUGGCGAUGGUGGUGUUCCCGUGGAAUUUCCCCGCUGUGGAUCUUGUUGAUCGUCGGUCCUCUUGGAGUGAUUGAUUUCAAUUUUAUCCGAUUGAGUAUGCGGUUGUUCCUUCGUUACUCGUCCCCAUUGUCCGCCGGCCACCAGAAACUCUACAUUGAUUUGUCCGCGAUCUAAUCCGAAACAUUCCACCCAAACUAUCACCUCCUGAAAGGAAAAAAAUGAGCCUCACAAUCCCUCAUCGACCAUCCGAUGACACCGCUCGCUCGCUUUCGACGUCUAGUUCUUCCAAGACGAAUGGGUUACCCCGGUUAUCGCCUUCCCCGUCGAUCGUGCACAAACGAUCCGUGAGCAACUCCGGUGCCUCAGUGCGUACCUAUGAGCCAAACCUCGCCAGUCUUUCUGCAUUUAAACCACGAAAAUGUAAAUCUCAAUACCCUCAAGAUUCGUCCGAGCGCCAUGUCGAGUACAUCCUCGUUGCCUCCUUUCACAUUGACCGGGGUCCGAUCAUGGAACAUCAGUACCCGGCCGCCAUCAGCGGUGAUGAAAGUAUGUUGGCUGAGCUGAUGCUCCCGGAUCAAACUCACGUCCGGAGCCAAGAUUGGACAAUCUUUUUCUUGCACAAAGACUCCAAUGCCGAUCAGGAAGAUGACGACUCAGUGAAGGGAGAGAAAAAGAAGAAGAAAAAGAAGACAUCAGGCAGAUCCCGUGACGGCGACGGGACCGAUGACAGUGAGGAGGAUCAAGUCGUAUCUACUAAGGAAGAGGAGAGUAGUGAUGAAGAGGAAGAGGGUGGCGAGGGACCGCCGUUGAUGUAUGUGUUGAAUCUUGUAAAUACAAAGCAAGACCAUACAGUCAAAAGAGGUGCGGUUGUAAAAGCCAUGGCAAUAUGUACCCGUCACUCAUUCCUCCAUAUAUAUAAGCCUCUACUUCUUCUGGCUCUGGAAGACUAUUUCAAGAACCCAUAUCUGGAAACGCUAGCCUCGCUAUAUAAUGCCCUGAACGCCAUGGAUCUUUCUCUGCUGCCCAAGCUGUCGCUUUUAGAGAGACAGAUACUGCAGGGUAGUAACUGCAAGGAUAUGUUUAUCGAAAAGUUUGAGCAGAUGAUCCGUCAACGGAUAGAGGAGGAAGGCGGAUCUUUCGACACGGACUCCCCGCCCUCGCCGAAGAAGACAAUUAAGUACGCGCUUCCUCGGGAUACUCACGAGUUUGAGUCGAAGAUUGUUUACAACGACAUUCCUAUACCGGUCAAGGUCCCCACGGUGAUCUGGCCUGAGGUGGUGGGCGAUUUCUCUCUUAUCAAGCUCAUACAAAUCUUUUCCGUCUCUCAUAAUACCUCCCCUCAGCCGUUCCCAAUCCAUCCUCAUCUCACCACUAGUGGUCCCUAUACCCACCCAAUCAUCGUCCUUGUCAAUGCCAUGUUAACCCAGAAGCGGGUAGUGUUUUUGGGCCACAACCGUCCUUCGGGGGAGGUUGCGGAGGCGGUACUUGCCGCAUGCGCACUCGCGUCGGGCGGCAUCCUACGUGGAUUUACCAGACAUGCGUUUCCUUACACUGAUCUGACUAAGAUCGAUGAUCUUCUGAAGGUCCCUGGCUUCAUUGCUGGUGUGACUAAUCCCACCUUUGCCAACCAUCCCGAGUGGUGGGAUGUGCUUUGCGAUCUUCCCACAGGCAGAAUGAAAAUCAGCAGCCAUAUUGAGCCGGCGCCAAUUACAGAAGGACUGUUAUACUUUCAACAGCAAGCCUCAUUGAACCAUAUCCAUGCUUCGAACUUGAAUUCGGACCCCACUGGAGACAGUCUUUUUAUGGAAGAUAUUCAACGCAGCAUUACCAACCGCUACGGUGAAAACGCCAUUCGAGCCAAAUGGCGCGCCUACAUUUUGAAGUUCACACGUGUUGCUUCCGCCUUUGAAGAAACCGUGUACGGAGCAUCGAAUCUCUACAUCAUCGGGCCCAAUGAAGAGCUGUCUCCAGAAAGUCCCAGUGGGGUUCAGGCGGACCCAUUGGAUCCCACCACACUGCGAGGACAUGGCUAUGUCUGGCCCGACGAGAUAUCAAAACAACGCGAAUUAAUGGCAUCUGUCUCCCGUAUCGAAGGAUGGCGGACAACGCGAUCAUAUUACUCUUUCAUCCAAGAUAUCGCGGCCAUGUAUUAUCCGGCCAGGCCAAUCAUGAAACCCGACCUUCACCACCACCAUGAACGACUCCGGACCCUAAAGCUAUCUUCGCCUGAAGCGGGGGCUAUCUACAUCGCAUUUUCUUAUGCUGUCAAAGACUACGCUGGUAUUUGUCAGCUCCUUACGGUCACGCCGGAAAACCGGGCGGGCCUCUUCUACCUCAGCAUGGGUCUAUUCCACCCUGAUCAGACCGUCCGUGAGGCGACAGUCGACCUCUUGGAGCGGAUCAGCCAACACCCCGCUGGUCAGCACUUCUGGAACCAGCUGAACCGCUUCGCCAAACUGGCCUUCUUUCGCGUCAAGCGCGAACGAGACGCGCAGAGCCCGAUUUCCGGGCCGGAAAUGGGUUUCGGUGAACCCCGGAGUCUGAUUGGGGUUGCAAUGGGUGACGGGUCAAGAUGAAGUUAGUGGAUCUUGACCCUCUCCACCCCAGAUACAUCACGAUUACGACCGUUCUAUUUCUUUCUUAUUCUUUAUUGGAUAUGUUUAUUUGAUUCGCUUGGAUAUACCUAUUGACGAGCCCCAAGACUCACCGCAUUAGCAUCUGACGGAGGGUUAGGAUGAUAUUUGAUGGCUUACGCUUGCUUUCGUGUCG